GUAAUAUAUAACAGGCUGAUUACGACUUUGUGGCUCAUAAGUAUCGUAAUCUUCGAAGGUGUAACAGUUUACACGAAAAUAUGAUGUUACUAAUCACUCUAGUUGUCAUCACUCAAUCGUUUGGCAUACAGGGAGCCGUAGACGUCGUUUUCGAGGAAUUCGAUUGUCCCGUUUACGACAAGGAAUAUUUCUUAGAACCUGAAGUUUUUGUAGAUAAUUAGAAUUCAUUGGUUUCAAACAUCACGAUAAUUAAACUACUUCCGGAAGAAACUCAAGGACGUCUCGCAAUAAUAGGAGCAUCAAUGGGAGAAUAUGUUGCGUAUACUGGAAUUGAUCAAACGAUGGAAUUGUGUGAUAUAAUUGAGGAACCUAUUAUGGCAGGUCCUUUUCUUAAAUUACUAGGAUUUUCUGAAGACCACUGUCCACCGGAACCUGGUAAUUAUGGAACCGAAGAUUAUGUAUUUUCACCAGAAAGAUUAGCAGAUAGAGUUCCACCUAAUCAAUACUUGCUGAAUGUGACUACAUCAUAUGAGGAUAAAUUAUUAUUACUAUGCCAAAUAUUCGUCAAAGUACGGCUGGUAAUAAUGGGAGCAUCAAUGGGAGAAUAUGUUGUGAGUACUGGAAUUGAUCAAACGAUGGAAUUGUGUGAUUUAAUCGAGGAACCUAUUAUGGCAGGUCCUAAUCUUAAAUUACUAGGAUUUUCUGAAGACCACUGUCCACCGUUACCUGGUAAUUAUGGAACCCAAGAUUAUGUAUUUACAUCAACAAGAUUCCCAGAUACAAUAAUACCUAAUCAAUACUUGAUGAAUAUGACUCUAUCAUAUGAGGAUAAACUAUUAUUACUAUGCCAAAUAUUCUUCAAAGCUAGUUAAAGCGUAAAGUUAUUUUUGGACAGGCACUAUUAUGAUAAUUACUUAUUUUUCGUUGUGUAAUCAUGGAUUCUAAUAAAAAUAA